GGGUUGGAACUUGGUAUUGGAAAUGGUCUUCUCAGUAAUUUCCUUCUGGGCUCUUUCUUAAACUUCGGAGCAGCUUCCGUGGUUUCAAGAUUUCACCAAACUCCUCCGCAUUCUUCUUCUUCUUCUUCCUGUUGCUCUUUCCGUUCUCGUCUGCGCAAUCUUUUAACCUGUUACGUUAUCUUCAAGAAUGGCUAAAGCCGCUUCAGGUGUACCGAAAUCUCUUGCUGCUGAUGCAAGAAGUGGAACCCCACGGAAUGGCUCACUUGUUGUGUGUUUUGGGGAGUUGUUAAUUGACUUUGUUCCAACUGUUGGUGGAGUUUCCCUUGCAGAAGCUCCGGCAUUUAAGAAAGCCCCUGGUGGAGCUCCAGCAAAUGUUGCUGUUGGGAUUUCAAGACUUGGUGGAUUGUCAGCAUUUAUUGGCAAGGUAGGUGAGGAUGAAUUUGGGUAUAUGUUGGCUGACAUACUGAAACAAAAUAAUGUCGAUAAUUCUGGCAUGCGUUUUGACCCUAGUGCACGGACUGCACUUGCAUUUGUUACUCUGAGAGCUGAUGGUGAGCGUGAGUUCAUGUUUUUCCGCCAUCCUAGUGCAGAUAUGCUUUUUCGAGAAUCAGAACUUGAUGUGGACCUUAUUAAGAAGGCAAGUAUAUUCCACUAUGGCUCAAUCAGUUUGAUUGAGGAGCCAUCUAAGUCGACACAUAUUACUGCGAUGAACAUUGCUAAGAAAUCUGGUAGCAUUCUCUCUUAUGAUCCAAAUUUGAGGUUGCCUCUGUGGCCAUCAGCAGAAGCUGCUCGGCAGGGUAUUACGAGCGUAUGGGACCAAUCAGACAUCAUCAAGAUAAGUGAGGAAGAAAUUUCAUUCUUGACUGGAGGGGAUGAUCCUAAUGAUGACAAUGUGGUGCUAAAGAAGCUUUUCCACCCUAACCUUAAGCUUUUGCUUGUUACUGAAGGGGCAGAAGGUUGCAGAUAUUACACCAAGGAAUUUAAGGGUAGGGUUCAUGGGGUUAAAGUUAAACCUGUUGAUACAACUGGUGCUGGUGAUGCAUUUGUAAGUGGGAUACUGAGCAUUCUGGCAUCUGACCUGAAUCUGUAUCGGGAUGAGAAACGAUUAAGGGAGGCUCUUCUGUUUGCAAAUGCCUGCGGUGCAAUUACGGUCACGGAGAGAGGAGCUAUUCCGGCCAUGCCAACGAGAGAGGCAGUCCUUCAAGUAUUACCAAAAGCUGUAGCAUGAAAGGAGAGUCACAUAUUGUUUCCCUCUUGAGUAGUUGUGGAGUUGUUUCUAAGGGAAUUAAUAUAAGUUGGUUUUCCUCUGCUGAGGUAACAAAAUACUCACUUUCUCUACUUUCCCUUGUGAACAAUAGAUUCCAAAGCCCCAAGCUUAGCAUAGCUUAUGGCCCAUGGAUGCAUUGUUAUUGCUUA